UCAAGAAUGGGUGAUGUUGUUGCUGAUGCAAAUAUGGAUGCUGUACAACGUCGUCUCAUGUUCGAAGACGAAUGUAUUUUGGUGGAUGAGAAUGACAGGGUUGUUGGUCAUGAAUCCAAGUACAAUUGUCAUUUGAUGGAAAAGAUCGAAUCUGAGAAUUGGCUGCACAGAGCUUUCAGUGUUUUUCUUUUCAACUCAAAGUAUGAACUUCUUCUUCAGCAACGAUCUGCAACAAAGGUAACUUUUCCUUUGGUGUGGACGAACACGUGCUGCAGCCAUCCUCUCUACCGAGAGUCUGAGCUAAUUGAGGAGAAUGCACUUGGUGUAAGAAACGCUGCACAAAGGAAGCUUCUUGAUGAACUGGGUAUUCCUGCUGAAGAUGUACCCGUUGACCAGUUCACACCAUUGGGCCGUAUGCUUUACAAGGCACCAUCUGAUGGAAAGUGGGGAGAGCAUGAACUCGAUUAUCUUCUAUUAAUCGUUCGUGAUGUCAAUGUGAACCCGAACCCUGACGAAGUUGCUGAUAUCAAAUACGUGAACCAAGAACAACUGAAAGAGCUAUUGAGGAAAGCAGAUGCUGGUGAAGAAGGUUUGAAGCUAUCCCCUUGGUUUAGACUUGUUGUUGAUAACUUCUUGUACAAAUGGUGGGAUCAUGUUGAGAAGGGGACUAUCCAAGAAGCUGCUGAUAUGAAAACCAUUCACAAGUUGACUUAAAAAGCUACGUCGCUCGGAUUCUCCAAAAAUAUUGCCCGAACCGUGUCGGAUCCUCCAAAAAUGCAUACUUUUUGAGGAUCCGGCCACACCCAUCGGCAUUGUUGAAGAGUCAGAGCAAACAUAGCUUAAAAGGAGUUAGCCAACUGCUUAACAUGGUUGAACAAAUACAUUCCUAUUCCUUUAGACAAAUAAGUUUGGUGGUAACAUUUUCAAGAUUUCCUUUUGCAUCCCUAUGUUUUGUUGUUGUUGUGAGAAUUAGAGCAAAGUACUUUUGAACUGAUCGGAACUUCGUGUACCAUAGAUGUUUGUCUGUUGAAUUCUAAUAAAGUAGCUUCUGGUUUUGUGCUUGGCAAA